AUGAGUUGGGCUAAAGCUAAUGUAUGCUCGGUUACGCUGGUGGUGAACCUCGCGCUGGUGAUUUACCAUGCGCUGGACUACAUGCACGGAGAAGACGAGGAGCGGCUCAUAUCGCCCGAUCUCGAGGGACUUAUCACUGAGAUGACGUCAUGCGGCAACACAGAUGAUGAUGAAGAAUGUGGCGUAUUGUCAGAAGGUUCAGAGACAUCUGAAGUGGGUCGUGCUGACACGGACGAUGAGGGCAUCGAGCGAGAUUCGGAGCCCGCGCCUAGAAGACGGCGCAGACGCAGGCGGUUCAUGCUCAAAGAUGUCAUCGAGCGUUGCGUGUGGCACUGCGGUGGCGGUGGUCGCUGCGCACGAGAAGCUGCUGCAGCCCACUACCGUGCUGUAUGCCGCGCGCUGGUAGCCGAAGCUUUAGAACUAGCCUCAUUCCUCGCCAGGGUGAGAGUUGGAGGCGCAAGGGACAUGGGAGCGGCGGAAGAUUCAGCCACACAUCUGGACACGUUGCAGUUCUCUGAUUGGUCAAACCGAAGGAUUUGGAGGGCAUUGCAAGCGCGGUUUUGGAUGCAAGUGAUCGGUGAACUGCGGAUGGGUGUAAAAUUAAAGAAAGUGAGCUACUCUAGGACGCCAAUAGAAUAUGAGUUAACGCCGUAUGAGAUACUAAUGGAUGAUAUAAGAUCUAGGAGGUACACGCUUAGGAAAGUCGAUGGUGCGAUACCCCCAAGUGUAAAGAAGGAUGCUCACGCUAUGAUACUCGAAUUUAUUAGAAGUAGACCACCGCUUAAAAAGGCGUCCGAUCGUAAGUUGCCGCCGCCUCGCCGAGAGGUGACUCCCAGAGAAAAACUCCUCGCCUCAAUACAAGUCGGCAGACAACUGCGACCGACGCCAUACUCAAGACGAUUAUAUAAUCCCAUAUAA